AGGAGGAGGAGGAGGAAGAGGAGGAGGAGGAGGAGGAGGAGGAGGCGGCGGCGGCGGCGGGGCUGGGGGAGGAAGGCAGCGAGCGAGCGGGCGAGGACAGCGGCAGAGCCCGGCGGCCACCAUGGAGCUGGCGAUGGAGAACCUGGGCAGCCUGCACGGCGUCCCGCACUCGCAGCCCGCCGAGCUGCUGAGCCCGGCGCACGGGCGGCAGGGCUCGCACCGCAACCUGGUGCCGCACGGCCGGCCCGCCAUGGUGUCGGGCAUGGCCUCCAUCCUGGAGGGGGGCGACUACCGCGCCGAGCACAGCCUGGCCGCCCCGCUGCACCCCGCCAUGAGCAUGUCCUGCGAGUCGCCGUCCGGCAUGAGCCUGAGCAGCACCUACACCACGCUGACCCCCCUGCAGCACCUGCCGCCCAUCUCCACCGUGUCGGAGAAGUUCCACCACCCGCACCACCACCACCACCACCACCACCCGCACCAGCGCCUCGCCGGCAACGUGAGCGGCAGCUUCACCCUCAUGCGCGACGAGCGGAGCCUCGCCUCCAUGGGCAACCUCUACAGCCACUACCCCAAGGACAUGCCGGCCAUGGGGCAGCCCCUCUCGCCGCUCCCCAACGGGCUGGGCAGCCUGCACAACGCCCAGCAGCCGCUGGCUCCCUACGGCCCCGGCGGCCACUUGCCCAACGAGAAGAUGCUCUCGCCCAACGGCUUCGACUCGCACGCCGCGAUGCUGUCCCGGGGCGAGGAGCACCUGGCGCGGGGGCUGGCGGCCCCCAGCUCGGCCAUGAUGCCCCCGCUCAACGGGAUGCACCCGCACGGCCACCCGCACGCCCAGCCCGGGGGCUCGCUCCUGGGCGAGCGGGAGCGCCAGGCCUCGGCCGCCGGCUCGCAGCCCGGAGCCUCCGGGCAGGUGGAGGAGAUCAACACCAAGGAGGUGGCUCAGAGGAUCACGGCCGAGCUGAAGCGCUACAGCAUCCCGCAGGCGAUCUUCGCGCAGAGGAUCUUGUGCCGCUCGCAAGGGACCCUCUCGGACCUGCUGCGGAACCCCAAGCCCUGGAGUAAGCUCAAGUCGGGCCGGGAGACUUUCCGGAGGAUGUGGAAAUGGUUGCAGGAGCCGGAAUUUCAGAGGAUGUCGGCGCUCAGGCUCGCAGCUUGCAAACGCAAAGAGCAAGAGCAGCAGAAAGACAGGAGCCUGCAGCCCAAGAAGCAGCGGCUGGUCUUCACGGACCUCCAGCGCCGCACCCUGAUUGCCAUCUUCAAGGAGAACAAGCGCCCGUCCAAGGAGAUGCAGAUGACCAUCUCGCAGCAGCUGGGCUUGGAGCUCAACACUGUCAGCAACUUCUUCAUGAAUGCCCGCCGGCGGUGUAUGAACCGCUGGCAGGAGGAGCCAGGCACCAACCCCGGAGUCCCCUCUUCUUCUACAAGCACUUUCUCCAAAGCAUGAUGUCCCCCAGCCCUCCCUGGACAUCCCUUCCCGGACAUCCUCCUCAUGACAAAGCCAACCCAGCCUCACACGCAUGCCCCGAGCCGAGCGGGGUGGGUGCUUUUGGGUGCUGCAGGUCCCUAGGCCUCCCGCCCCCUCAGCUGGGUGUCACCCGUGGACAUGAGCCUGGUGCCACGUCCUGCUGCCACCUCCUCCCAGCUCGAGGAGCAGGGACAGGGCUUGCAGCCGGGCCAGCUCCUUCCCAUAGGGUCUUGGAGGAAACCCCCGUGGAGCGAGGGAUGAGGGGGCGAGGUGCUGCCCUGGGAGACCUCACAGACCUCAUCUUUACCCAGCUGUCGGGGUCCGGUUUUUGGGGAGAGGGGCACCCCAUCCCCUCCUGUUCCCCCCCACAACUUCCACCUCCAACACAACCACCUGUAGGGUGGAAGGGUAAAGGCGGAGGGGAUGCAAGAGGUGGAGUCGUGGGGCCAGGUUCUUGCACAACCCUGUUUUGCCAGGGCCAAAACCCUCAUUGUUUAAGGCAGGGGACGGGCAGGGAAAAUGCUCCCUGCAUGCCUGGAGGUGACCCCAAGUCUCUGGUUGCUGAAGCCUUUUGCUCCCCUAAGUGCAGCAGGCUUUCCCAAAGCAGCCAGACCCCCUUUGCCAUUGAACCCUGGGCUCGCCUCUCCCUCAAAGCUUUUGGAAACCCACCCAGGGGCAUCCCACAGCCCCGCUCUCCUCCACAGGUACCUUCCUCCACUCCCCUUCCCGGAAACCCCCAGGAGCACCCACCCCACGACCCCCCAGCCCCCCCAUGCACAUGAGCACCCCGACCCCAUCCCUGGGUCCCCCUGAGCGACUCCGUGGGCCCGAGCAUCCCCAGCGCCACGGCCAGCGGGCACCGCGGCCGCACCGCCUCGCGCCCAUGCAGGUCAAGAAGCACAUUUUAGCUACAGAAAUCGGGUAUUUAAAAAUACUAAUUGUUUGAGAGGAGACAGGAGGAGAGACUUGGAGCAAAGGAUCGCAUCUUUCACGGCAACCAGCUUGGGGCCAGGCUGGCUCCAGCAUUUGCCACGUGAUUUCUGGUUCACUUUUGGGUUGAGGAAUGAACUCAGACAAAGCAGUUUUGUUGGCUUUGUGUCUCGCCCUGUCCUCCCCUCCACACACUGUUGCCCCCUCUCUGCAUCCUGUCUUCAUCUCUGUUACCAAAGAAGUUGCAAAACCAAAAACCCAACAACAAAAACCCUCCUGGGAGGCAGCGUCGGAGCACGGAGAAGGAAAAUCCCACGGACCUGGUUGCAAAAUCCUGUGUGUAAGAAGGGGAAAACUCCCCAGCGAGCUCGAAAGGGAAAAACCAAACCCCAACAGAAUAACAACAGAAACCACAACCAAGCAAGCUCAACGCAAAGACCGUCAACUUUACAAAAAGACAAGAUUUUUUUUUUUUUUUGUGCCAAUUAACAACCUGCCUUAAACGCGCAAUUCUGGAGCAAUGGUACUAGCUUCAAAACGGUCGUUCCCUCCGAGCUCUCGAUGGUGACUUGUGCCAUAUGAAAAGCAAUCACGAGGCCAAACCGUUGCAAUCGGCCGUCGCCCCAGCCCUGCGGGCUCCGUGGUGUCCCCAGGGGGACGGAGGGGCCACGGGGAUGGGGAAGGGCUGGGAGAGGCUUGGGGAUGGAGGGGAAGGCCAGGUCCCCCCCCUCCCGCCCCCGUCACUUGGGGAAAAAGAAAAAUCCUCCAAAACCAACCAAAAAAAUAAUGGAAUUCACUAUUGAAUUUAUGCGGGUAAAAUAGUACCAUCUGUGUUCUAGCGCUAUGGUUUCUUCGAUUUACUUUACUUUGAGAGCGAUCUGUUGUGUAAUAGGAAGGCACCUUGUUGAAAAGAAGGAAAAAAGGAGAAAAAAAAAAGUGUCAUGUACACAUACACAAAAAAAAAAAAAAAAAAAAAAAAAAAAAAGCACCCCAAAAAAUGAGGAAAGAAAGGACGAAAGAAUGAAAGAGAGAAAGAAAAAAACCUGCAAGAGAAGCCCCGGCCCACUGCGCUCACCGGUGGGGUUAGGGGACGACUUUUGGACAGUUUUACCAAAGAGCUGAUGGGGCAGGUGGGAGGGAAGGGGAAGGGGUCUGGAGCGGGCAUGGACCCACAAACGGCCCCGAACCAUUGCCAGAGGGAGAGGCUGGGUGAGAGGGAGGGUGAUGGAGAGGAGGAAGGGCCAGGAAGGGGCAGGUGCCAACCAGAACCAAAAAGGAACAGCAAAGCGAAUCCCACCCCCAGCACCCCGCUCCCCGCCACUGGUGUUCCCCUAACAUUGUUUCUUCUUGUCUUGUCGUGACGUGGUGACGAUGGGGGUGGCUUCCUGAACCCCAUCAGGUAGUAUUCAAGGGCUGAAAAGCCAGGAAGGGGGCCUUGGUUUGGGAAGUGAAAAACAUGCAGAAAAAAAAAAAAAAAAAAGAAAAAAAGAAAAAAAAAACAUACACACACACACACAAAAAAAAAAAGUAAACGCCACAGGCCCUCAAGGAUGCAAAGACAUUUCUAGUGAGAACCCGAGAAUAAAGGCUACCUCACUUGA